AUGGACGACGAACGAAGAGAUCGCUCCGACCGCCCGCCGAGAUUGAAUGAGGCAGAAACGGGCGAGAAGCGUCGGGAGGAGAGGCUCUCGUCCACGCAGAUGCCGGUUGGCGACAGUUCGUCUCCGAUGGCCAAAGGAUCUAUCGCGCGCCAUGCCCUCGAUCGCGGGCCACCAUACAACACUGUCUCGGGCCCUGGCGCCGUCGCUGGCAGACUAUGA